AUGGAUCCCCUCGCCGUCGUCGGCCUCCCUACCACAACCGCCAUCACAGGCCUCCUAGAGGUUGGCGCCGCAGCCAUCGACAUCCUCAGCGACCUCAACAUCUCGCCCCAGCACGACACCCUCGUCCUCAACGCUCUUCUCCGCGAGGUGAAAGAGUGUCGCUCCUCCGUCCACGCCUUUUACAAAACCCUCAGCCUCAUCGAGAACGGCCAGAUCCCAAUCCCCGCCCGCGCCGCCUGGAUCUCGCUCGAAACCCUCGUCGCGACUAUUACAGAUACCGUCCUCGCAUUUUCUCGCCUCUCGUCGCUGUGCUGCGCCGUCGACGAGGAAUCUACACGGUCGAGCCCCGAAGAUGCGGCUAAGCAUUUCGAGAAGCGCAUUAGGGCGCUGUGCGCGAGGAUCCGGUGGCAUAACCUGUCGAUUGCUAUGAUGAUGACAAUAGUGAACUGCCCCGGAGAAAAAGACGCAAAGAACAGUCGCGACGAACUCGCUCAUCGUGUUGCUCGACUCCUCACAUUCAACGUCGGUCUCGCCGCACGAUUGCGACACACAGCAAGACCCGGCUCCGGCUCCUCGGCCGCCAAGACGACCGUCUCAGUCACCGAAUCCCCCGAGAUCACCCCCGUCAAUGUGGGGCGCCGCCCUCCGGCCUCGUCCUGGUCCAACUCAUCAUCAACGUCGUCACCCUACUCCGGCACCCUCGCCAACCUCACCACGCCCAAGGCCCUGUCCAGAAUUGUUCUGCCUAUCGAGUUGAGGGAGCUGCGUGAUGAUUUUGAGUACUACACCGGCACCGUGCCCUCCCAGGUCGGCAGCUGCGAGUUUCCUACUGGUGGUGUGUUUGUCAACACUCCGUACAAUGUUACAUCAGCGCGAUGA